AUGCUCCUCCUCUCCUCCUUCCUCGGAGGCGCCAUGCUCGCUGCCUCUGCCAACGCUGCCGACAUUGUCAAGGUCGACACCUGGGGAACUCCCCAGGUCCUUGUCUACUCGUACACCGAGGGCUUCCGUCACGACUCGAUCCCGACCGCCAUCGAGACGUUCAAGAAGCGUGGAAAGGACUGGGGUGUCAACUUCACCUUCACCGAGGACCCGAACUACUUCACAGUCGACAACCUGAUGCAGUACGACUCGAUGCUCUUCCUCCAGACGUCCGAGGAGGUUCUCAACUGGGACCAGCAGGGCGCCCUUCAGCGUUACUGGCAGUCGGGCGGUAACUGGGUCGGUGUCCACUGCGCGUCCUCGUGUCUGCGUAACUCUGACUCCUUCUACCAGACUGUUGGUGCCCGCUUCGACUACCACCCCGAGUUCCAGCAGGCGACUUUCAUGCCGCUCGUCAAGAACCACCCGUCGAACCGCAACAUUCCCGACCGAUGGACGUACAAAGAGGAGGUCUACUUCUUCGUGUCGGACCCGCGCGACCAAAACGCCACGGUCACGAUGACGGUCGACGCGGCCUCGUUCAAGAACGAGGGCGGCAACCAGCCCCCGCAGGGCUCUCCCCACCCGAUUGCGUGGUACAUUGAGAACUUCAACGGUUCCAAGCCCCUCAUCAACGGUGCCGAGAAGUCUGGCCGUUCGUUCUACACUGCCCUCGGCCACUCGAACGAGACCUGGAACGACGAGCUGUUCAUCGGACACAUGAUGGGCGGCCUGGUCUGGGCCCUCGACGGCGCCAGCACCAAGGCGUACGGACAGGGUGUCGUCGGCCAGCAGCGCCCGGCGACUCCUCCCCCGCCGCCCCCCAAGCCGACCAACGUCACCAACGACUCGGUCAACGCCCAGAAGGACGGCUCGAACGCUACGUCCUCUGCCGCCGGUGCCUCGGCCAAGCCCUCGAGCGGCUCGACUCGCACUGCUGCCGGUCUCCUGCUCGGCGUGCUCGGCGCCGCUGCUGCUCUGCUCUAA